GGCUCACGCAAUUGGUCCAUUUUCAAACACGUCGGGCGCGGUUAGUUUGAAGGAAACAGCUUAGCAGAAAACCAUUCAGCACUACUAGUUGCAAGCUGAAACGGGGUAGGUUUUCGUCAACCAUCUCAUCCCCGAAGACAAACAGUUUUGAGAAGCGGAACCGGUCAGAAUGGAGGACUACUUGAAGAUUGAGAAAAUCGGUGAAGGUACCUAUGGAGUGGUAUACAAAGGCAGGCAUAAGGCUACAGGUCAGGUGGUUGCUAUGAAGAAGAUCCGUCUGGAAAGCGAAGAGGAAGGUGUACCCAGCACUGCUGUCAGAGAAAUAUCUCUGCUUAAAGAGCUGCAGCACCCUAAUGUUGUACGGCUUCUUGACGUGCUAAUGCAGGAGUCUAAACUCUACCUGGUGUUUGAGUUCCUUUCCAUGGACCUAAAGAAGUACCUCGACUCAAUACCCUCAGGCCAGUUCAUGGAUGCAACUCUAGUAAAAAGCUACCUGUACCAGAUCCUGGAGGGCAUCCUGUUCUGUCACAGCCGGCGGGUUCUGCACAGAGACCUGAAGCCCCAGAACCUGCUCAUCGAUAACAAAGGCGUCAUCAAGCUGGCUGACUUUGGGCUGGCUCGGGCUUUCGGCGUGCCAGUGAGGGUCUACACACACGAGGUGGUGACUCUGUGGUACAGAGCCCCAGAGGUCCUCCUGGGAGCAUCUCGGUACUCCACACCCGUAGACAUCUGGAGUAUAGGGACCAUUUUUGCUGAGCUCGCCACCAAGAAGCCCCUCUUCCAUGGCGACUCUGAGAUUGACCAACUUUUCAGGAUCUUCAGAACCCUGGGAACACCAAAUAAUGAUGUUUGGCCCGAUGUGGAGUCCCUUCCUGACUACAAGAACACUUUUCCCAAGUGGAAGGGAGGAAACCUGUCCACCACAGUGAAGAACCUCAACAAGAGUGGCAUUGAUCUGCUUGGGAAAAUGCUGAUCUAUGACCCUCCGAGGCGCAUCUCUGCCCGUCAGGCCAUGAACCAUCCUUACUUUGAUGACCUCAACAAGAGCACUCUUCCUGCCAGCAACAUGAGAAUCUAACUUUGCAACAUGUCGUCACAGAAAUGGACCCUGUGACAACCCAUGCAAUUAUGGAGCAAUCACCUCAGAAUUUAUUUGUUGACGUAUAUGUUAAUACUUUGUAUGUUGUACUUUGUAUGUUGUGUUUGUCCUCUUUAAAUGUUCGUAUGCCUUCAGUUGUGUAAUGGAAGGCAUUUGUGUACAUACAUUCUUGCGCUUUUUUUGGAGAAAAAUGUCCGUUUGUAUAUGUUUUCCAGUAAAGUGCACUUUUUCACAUCAAA